CAUGUAGGAGGAUCAUAUAACCGCAAUAGAUAUGGUAUACCUUCUAAUCGUACGCAAUAGAUAGUCGGGCGCUGCAAGUAGGGUGAGGAGGUCAGGAAAUGAUGGGUGUGUCCUUCCCCCUCGCCUCUGUGUCCCUCCUCUCUCACCUUCGCUUCAUCCCAAUUCCAAUCACUGCAUCUGCUUCUGCUUCUGCUUCUGCUUCGGCUUCGUCCUGGUUAUUAUUAUGUCUAAGAAACGGGAGCUGGAGGAGGAAACAUGCUGCUGCUGUGACGAAAUGGGACCACCGCCACCACUACUCAUCCUUUGCCUCCCACUCUCUUCUUAAACAACGCCUCUCUCAUUCGGUCGCUGUAAGAAUUAGGUAUGACAAUGGUGGCAGCGGGGGAGAAGAGGAGGCCGUGUUGAUGAGCACUGUCCUGGGCAUAGAAACCAGCUGUGAUGACACCGCUGCUGCCAUUGUUUGUAGCGAUGGAAGGAUUCUUAGCGAGGUUGUGUCUUCACAGACAGAUUUGCUUUCACGAUAUGGUGGAGUUGCUCCUAAAAUGGCAGAAGAAGCACAUUUACAAGUAAUUGAUCAGGUUGUUCAGCAGGCACUUGAGAAUGCAAAUCUGAAAGAGACCGAUCUCUCAGCAGUUGCUGUUACUAUUGGCCCCGGUUUAAGCCUUUGCUUGCGUGUUGGUGUACAGAAGGCUAGAAGAUUUGCUGGCAAGUUCAGGUUACCUAUAAUCGGAGUACAUCACAUGGAAGCUCAUGCUCUUGUUGCUAGGCUAGUUCAUAAAGAGCUGGAAUUUCCAUUCUUGGCCCUUCUGAUUUCAGGAGGACAUAAUCUCCUUAUUCUAGCACGUGAUCUUGGUGACUAUGUUCAACUUGGGACAACAAUAGAUGAUGCGAUAGGUGAGGCUUUUGACAAGACAGCAAGAUGGCUUGGCCUUGACAUGAGAAGGGGUGGUGGGCCAGCUUUAGAAGAGCUUGCUCGGGAAGGCGACCCACAUUCAAUUAAAUUCUCUGUUCCCAUGAAGCAACACAAGGAUUGCAAUUUCUCAUAUGCGGGUUUGAAAACUCAAGUGAGGAUGGCAAUUGAAUCUAGAAACAUAAAUACAGAAAAAAAUGUCAUCUCCUCCAUAGAUUGUGAAGACCGAAAAGCUCGUGCAGAUAUAGCUGCCUCUUUCCAGCGAGUAGCAGUUCUACAUUUGGAGGAAAGGUGUGAACGUGCUAUAGAAUGGGCUCUAGGCAUCGAACCCUCCAUAACAUCUUUGGUAAUUUCUGGAGGUGUUGCAUCAAACCAGUAUGUUAGGUUGCGUCUUGAUGAUGUUGUUGAGAGGAAUGACCUACAACUGGUUUGCCCUCCUCCAAGACUUUGCACUGACAAUGGGCGGUUGCUGUCCCAGUCACUUGCCUAUGGCACAUGACAUAGUUCUGUUACCUGAGUACUGCAUAAGGUCCAAAAACCUCUGCAAAGUCACUAGACAGCCUCCAUGAUAAUCUGCCUGAAGGGUUAGCCAUUUUAUGAUAACUCAGGAAUGUUGGCAAAGUUUUGCUUCACUGUCUGCAGUACAAGGUACUUUCAUGCUACAGAAUUGAUAUUUAGGAGCGUAGCCUCUCGCCAGCUCUUCCGCGCAAUACACUUUGAAAUGUAUGUAGAAGAAGCUAGCCCAUCUCCAUGGACUGACUUCCAUUCAAGGUCGCUUCAUCUUUGCCUCAAUUCUCCAAAGCAUCCUUCGGGUCAUGUUUUACAUAUUUGGCAAGGGAAAGAGAGUAAAGUCCUAUUCCUAUCGGAUAAAGGUGGAUGAUCAUAAGGACACCACAAAGAAGCAAAAUGGAUAGAGUCCAACCAUAUUUAGUGUUGCAACAAGGGGGAAAAAGAAUCCAAUUGGAAACCCAUAUGUGAAAACAAUCAAUCAUACUUAGCGGAGUUUUCUCUUGCACAAUCAAAAGUGCACCAUCUUGUAUAGGGGGGAGACUCUCAUGCUGCAAUGAGCCUGGAACAUUCCCACCUCAACUCAAUUGAGACAUAGGAGAACAAUACCUUACUCAAAGUCUCCAAAACGCUUCUUGUUUUGUGAUAUGAUUACAUUCUUUUGAGGCAAGGUCACGAACCCUAAAUAUAUAUCACCUGUGAACAACCUCUUCCACCAAUAUUUCUAUGCACUUUGCACAUGGAUCGAGUUCUGAAAUGGAUUCCCCACCUAGAUCGAGUCUGCCUAGUACAUCUAAAGCUUGGAGAAUUCCCAGGCUCCUCCACGAACAAACUUACAAACAUGUCUUCUUUGAGAUAUUAUCAGUUCAUUGCUUUGUUGUGAAACAAUGACAUCAAUGUCAACAUUUUUUG